AUGAAAAAACUUGCUACUUUUGUCAUAAACGACAACUAUCCCUCAAACGUGUUAGAAGAUGUCCAGAUCUGGUCCGGUUCAGAUACAAAAGAAUCUGAUAAUCUUUCUUCAGUGCCUACAAGCUACGAAAGAAUGCCUAUCUACGUCAAUCACCGGCUUGUUCCAUAUUAUCUACUUUCAGCAAGACCAUUGUCUGUGUUUUCUACAAGUAGUAUAACUUCCGAAUACUUCAAGCAGACUUUGCUUAAACAAGCUGUCUACAAUAGAGAUAUUGGUAUACUCUUCAAAUCUGGCAGAGAUGAGACCUAUUUAAUCUUUUACUUCGAUUUCAUCAAGAAGCAGAUUAUGGUGCUUAUCAUCGACUUUUCACGUCUAGCAGAGAUCGAUGCCAUUUUGGAAAAGGAUGCCGUUCAAGAUCCUGACAACACUAAAAACACGUUCAUUUUGUUAAAUCAAACUAGACAAGACGAUAGAUCUACCGUUUUUGACAAAGUCCUCCAAAGAAAAAAGCUGAGAUCCAGUCUGAAUCCAUUCGUAGUAGAAUCGGUGCAAAACCUGACUACUGCUAAACUCCUAUCAUCACUGAUUCUAUCGACCCAGGAUCAGAUCCACCAGGCUGUAAAUAAGAUCAUUCUAUCCGGUUUAAGAAUCAGAGGUCUUUCUACAAACCUUAACCACUCAGUAAAUGAAAAAUUAACUAUCAAGGAGAUAUACCAGAUGACAUACAAGUCGACAAUGUUCUCCCUACGUAAACAUAACUACACGUUCUCUGGAACUAGCAGCUCUAAAGGCACUAAUACUCUGAAUAGCAAGAGCCAAAUACGACUAAGCGAGCUCCAGGAUACUAUUGAGAAGCUUCUUGAAAUUUUUGUGGAUGUGGAUGGGAUUUAG